AGCGAAAUCUCAAACGUCAACGUCACUGCGAUUAUAAGUUUCCGAGCAUGGGACUUUGUUAUAAAAGUCCUUUGGUUAUGUUAUUGAAUUUAUAACAAGUUACUCGAGCUCUUUAUGAAGUAAUUAUGUCAGAACCAGUAGCGAAACCUUCUGGUAAAAGUUGGAGAGAAAUUAAUCAGGAAAGAAAAGCAUUGAAACGGCAGCGAAAUGAAGAAAAAAUUGUCAAACGUGAGAAACGAGCAGCGCUUGAACUUGAAGCCGAGUCAAAAGUUAAGGAAGAAGUAGAAUGGGAAAAGAAAUGUUCCGAGAUUUCGACUGUGAGCAUAGCUAUACCAGGGUCCAUUCUAGAAAAUGCUCAAUCAGCCGAAUUGCGAACAUACUUGGCCGGACAGAUAGCAAGAGCUGCCUGCGUGUUUUGUGUAGAUGAGGUUAUCAUUUACGAUGAUAUUGGCGACAAGAUGAACACAAAGAAGUCUAAGUUAGAAGUCGCAGACGGUGUCAAAGUAGCACGAAAAAGUUGCGUCCAACUAGCAAGAAUUUUACAAUAUCUAGAAUGUCCACAAUACUUGCGAAAACACUUUUUUCCAAUACACAAAGAUUUAGAGUUUGCUGGUCUUCUCAAUCCGUUAGAUGCUCCCCAUCAUUUAAGGAUGUCAAAUGAUUUUCAGUUCAGAGAAGGCAUAACUAUGAACAAGAAAGUAAAACCAGGCCGAGGUUCUCAGGUCAAUGUUGGGCUCCUCCAAGAUAUUUCUACAGAUAAAUUAUUAAACCCUGGCAUUAGAGUUACAGUUAAAAUGCUUCCAACACAAGAAGGAGGUAAAAAACUGAAAGGAAAAAUUGUUAGUUUAACCACACCAAGGGCUGAGACUGGUGUUUACUGGGGGUACACUGUCCGUAUUGCUAACAACCUAAGCCAAGUAUUUACACAGAGUCCCUACAAAGAUGGGUACGAUUUAACCAUCGGAACUUCUGAUACUGGAACACCAGUGGAUGACUUGCCUAAUAAAGAACUGAAAUAUAACCAUGUACUAAUUGUAUUUGGCGGCCUACAUGGUAUUGAGGCAGCAUUAGAAAGUGAUGAACAAUUAAAAGAAGAUGAAGCCAGUUUAUUAUUUAACCAUUACAUUAAUGUACUACCUAAUCAAGGUUCUAGAACAAUCAGAACUGAAGAAGCAGUCCUCAUUGCAUUGUCAGGACUAAGAUCAAAAUUAAAAGCCAUAAAUGAGCCAAUGGUUUUCACAGGUACUGGCAUUGCUCAAAGUUCAUUAUUCCCUACUGCAAAAGUAGAGUUGUCUGACUCUGGCACAGAUGCUAAUUUAGAUUUAAGCAGAUUUGACUAAUUAAUAAAAAGUAUCUUAAUA